AUGGUGCUGGCACCCUACGACAGCGGCACUCUCUUCUGCGGCAACAAGCAAAACGUGUCUACCAUCGACUUCUGCCGGAACUUCGGCCGCCCCUGGUGCGAGCUCUUUUCGCAGGCUUGGAACAUUUCCCAAAGACUCGGGUUCGAAGAAUGCGGCGUCAUCUGCCAUACCCCCCAAGAAACAAGGUGCGCCAUCGCCACCCGGCUCCUCGAACGCUUCCCCCUUCAAGACCUCAAUACGUGGAUCCCGAACCUACCACGGGCCGACCGGGGGGACGUCCCGACCUUGUUGCGUGAGGAGCAAAUCCAGCCAAUCUUCGCUGCAUUCAUUCGCGACCCGGACUGCUCAGGCUCGGUCUCGCCAUGGCGAGAACUCGACAGGCUCGGACGUUGCUUCUGCGACCGUGCAAACAUCAUCUGUGACGUGCACCACGAAAGCUUGACCACUGGGGCUACAGCCUCUGACAUGGCAACAUACGUCCCCUACUCCUUCGCCAUCUACCCGGAAGAAGACUACCCAGAACAAGACCAUCAGGUCGGCAACUGUGACCCCCCGACUUGUCCACCUCCUUCGCCCCCUAUGUGGAACAAGGCUCCUUGA